ACUAAGCAUUAAUUGCAUCUUCCUACUGUUCGUCUGGACUGCUGGAGGGGAAUCAUGUUACAGUGCUCCUCCUACUAUUCUGGCUUUAGGUCGAAGAUAUCGAGUCAUCUAAUCUGGAUUAACAAGGGAAACCUCCCACAGUUUGCAUCCUGUUCCUUGUCCCCAUUUCAAUUUUAUUGGAUGACUCUGGCCGUACUAACCCUUCCUUGCUCUGUACAUUGUAUAACGUACAAGGUGGGGGUCAUGGGACCCUGGGAGUGUGACCCUAUUUUUGCCAAAGCUCUUCCAGACAUUGCUGCUAAAUUGGCUAUUGAUCAAAUCAACCAAGAUUCCUCUUUAAGUCUUGGCAACCACCUAGAUUAUGUAAUAUUAAACGAAGACUGUCAAACCUCCAAAGCAUUAGUUACUUUCCAUGACUAUUCAGGCAUGGCAUCUGGAUUCAUUGGUCCAGUCAAUCCGGGCUACUGUGAUGCUGCCUCCCUUCUAGGGAAAAAUUGGAACAGAAUCAUAUUUUCCUGGGCUUGUGUUAAUUAUGAAUUGGAUGAUGCCAUGAAUUACCCAACAUUUGCAAGAACUUUGCCAUCUCCAACACAAGUACUCUCCAAGGUGAUGAAAUACUUCCGGUGGGCACACGUGGCCAUCAUCUCAUCGACUGAAGACAUUUGGGUGGAUACAGCUGUGACCUUGGCCAGCGCUCUCAGGAAACAAGGCAUGCCAGUGCGCACUGUGUUGUCAGUGGCCAAUGAACUAGGAAGUAUCAGAAAAGUUCUAGAGGAAAUAAAAUCUCUUGAGAAACUUCACAUGGUCAUCAUGUGUAUGCACUCCGUUCUCAUUGGAGGCAGGGUGCAGAAACAGGUUUUGGAGGUUGCCGAUGACUUGCGGAUGACCGAUGGCAGUUACGUCUUUAUACCAUACGAUACUCUUCUCUACAGUCUCCCCUACCAAAACACACCCUACCCAGUGUUGGUGAACAACUCCAAGCUACAAAAGGCUUACGACUCGGUGCUGACUAUCACUGUUGAUUCAACAAAUAUGUCAUUCCAUCAGGCAUUUAAAGAACGUGUGCAGAACCAGGAAAUUGUAACUAACCUGAACCCUGAGCAGGUAUCACCUCUGUUUGGAACAAUCUACAAUGCGAUCUAUUUCCUUGCAACAGCCAUGCACAACAAUAGAAAACACAGAGCCUGGAUGUCCGGUAGCAACAUAGCAAAGUUUUCCAAAAACAUCAGGUUUGAAGGAUUUAACCAAAGGAUCGGGACAGAUGAAAAUGGGGAAAGCUUCACUGAUUAUGUAAUCCUGGACACUGAUGGUACAGGAAAUGAGUUGCAUCGCACUUACCUCAUUGAUAUGGAAGCUGACCUAAUUCGGUUAACCGGGCAGGUAAUUCACUUUCCCAAUGGAGUCCUGCCAAAGACCGACUCUGCCUGCUGGUUCAUCCAUGGGAAAAUCUGCACUGGAGGCAUUGACCCGUUCUAUGCUGUCACGGUGCCACUGGUGGCUAUCUUCGCUCUGCUCUGCAUUGUGGGUCUGGCUUGUUUUUUAAGGCGCCAAAUAAUCCAAAUAAAAUUAAUGAAGGGCCCUGAUAGGAUUUUACUGACAUUCAAUGAUGUUACGUUUAUAAAUCCGCAGUUUAGUAAUAAGAAAAUCAGUGGUGAGGACAGUCAACCUAGUGAAGGAGUACAAGGUAUCUCUGAAUCAAGGAGUAAGAGAUCUCUCAUCCGGUCACACUCAAUCGGAAGCCUGACACCAGCCACCUAUGAAAACUCAAAUGUAGCGAUUUAUGAGGGUGACUGGGUUUGGUUGAAGAAGUUUCCUUGUGAAGAAUUUGGCGAGAUAAAACCAAGCACAAAAGCUGUGUUUGAAAUGAUGAAGGACUUACGACAAGAAAACAUAAACCUUUUCCUUGGCUUCUUCCAUGACUGUGGGUUGCUUGCGAUCGUGACAGAGUUCUGUACUCGUGGGAGCCUGCUAGAUCUACUGAAAAAUGAAGAAGUAAAAUUGGACUGGAUGUUCAAGUCGUCACUUCUGUUAGAUCUGAUCAAGGGCAUGAGGUAUCUGCACCAUCGAGAUUACAUACAUGGAAACCUGAAGUCACGCAACUGUGUAGUGGAUGGCCGCUUUGUGCUCAAGGUGACAGACUAUGGCUAUGUUGAAGUAGCAAAAACCCAGGGUAUUCCACUGAUGGAGCGUCCAGCAGAAGAGUUUUUUUGGACUGCUCCCGAGAUACUGCGAAAACCUAACCCUUUAAUGAAUGGCACCUUCAAAGGUGAUGUUUACAGUUUUUCCAUAAUAAUGCAAGAGGUGGUUGUACGAGGGCCUCCAUAUUGCAUGUGUGAAAUGUCUGCAGAAGAAAUUAUCCAGAUGAUAAAAAAGCCACCUCCAUUGCUCAGACCCAUUAUCACCUCGGACCAAGCACCUAUGGAGUGUAUUCACAUCAUGAGGCAGUGCUGGAAUGAAUUACCUGAAAGAAGACCAUCCUUUGAUGAAGUCUUUGAUAAUUUCAGAAACAUUAACAAAGGCAGGAAGACAAAUAUAAUUGACUCUAUGCUGAGAAUGCUUGAACAAUAUUCCAGUAAUUUAGAAGAUUUGAUAAGAGAGAGAACGGAGGAGUUGGAGAUAGAGAAACAGAAAACAGAGAAACUUCUGACCCAGAUGCUACCUCAAUCCGUUUCAGAGUCCCUGAAGACAGGCUGUACUGUUGAGCCUGAAUACUUCGACCAGGUGACCCUGUAUUUCAGUGACGUUGUAGGUUUUACAACAAUAUCAGCAAUGAGUGAGCCCAUCGAAGUGGUCGACCUACUGAAUGACCUCUAUACGCUUUUUGAUGCAGUUCUGGAAAAUCAUGACGUCUAUAAGGUGGAAACAAUUGGCGAUGCAUACAUGGUUGUCUCUGGCAUUCCAAAGCAGAAUGGUAACAGGCAUGCAGCUGAGAUUGCAAAUAUGUCUCUGGAUAUCCUCAGCGCAGUCGGCACCUUUAAAAUGAGGCACAUGCCAGACGUACCAGUCAGAAUAAGGAUAGGAUUGCAUUCAGGUCCAUCAGUGGCAGGCGUUGUUGGUCUAACCAUGCCACGCUAUUGUCUUUUUGGAGAAACCGUCACUACAGCCUCACAAAUGGAAUCUACAGGAAAACCUUAUCGCAUUCAUGUCAAUCAUACGACUGUUAAAAUUCUUUUAAGUCUGAAUGAGGGUUACAUGGUGGAGCUGAGGAAUAAGUCGGAUCUGAAGGGCACGGACUUUGACGAGACCUACUGGCUGGUGGGGAAAACUGGUUUUACCAAGCCUUUACCAAAGCCUCCGGAACUGAAGCCCGGGUAA